UUUAGUACUACGGUGCAAAGUAAGGCUGUGAGUUUGUCUGUGUGAGCACAUGAGAAAAAGAGGGGGAGAAAGAUGUGUGGACUAGAGAGACAUGACAAGGAUUGAAGUAUGAUGUGGAACAACAAAAGAUCGGUUUUGUUUCAGCUGACCUGGAAACAAACAGGAAGAGAGAUAGGACAAAGUAGAGGGACACAGAAGAAAACAGACUUGCCGUGCAGGAGGCAAAAAAAGAAGACAAGCUGAUAACUGAGGAGGCGUACUCUCACUCACCCAAGGAGGGGAAAAAAACUGAGUCAAACCAGACAGACAGACAGGGUGAGGAGGGAGAGUGGGAGAAGGGAGUGAGGUAAAACGAAACAUUAACAGAGCAGAGAAGCAAAAGAUUAACACUCUUGAGAGAGAGAGAGUGUGUGUGUGUGUGUGCGAGUGUGUGUGUGUGUGUGUGUGUGUAUGUGUGUGUGAGAGAGAGAGAGAGAGAGAGAAACAACGAGCCGAGGAGGGGGAAGGAAAUGUGAAAACAGCGUGAGGGUGACAGUGAAAGCAGAUAACAGUAGGUUUUGAGCAAGGUGAAGCGGGAAAGAGCAAGAGAGGCAGAAGGUGAGGCGGCUAGCGGGUGAAGUUAGCAGGAGGGGAGAGGUAUGAGGGGACAGCUCUUAAAGUCACUCGUCUCUUUGAUGAUCACUCUCCUCUGUGUGGGGAGCCUGCUGACUUCGCUCAUUUGGUACGUGUUCAACGACAACAAUGUGGAACCUCACAAACCGCCUCCCCAAAGGAAAAGCGCCCCCAAGCCCUCCGACCCUUGUAAAGGCUGCAGGGAGAUCAUCGACAAAGUAAGAGAGCGUUACUCUCAAACCUGGAAGAAGCAGGAGGACAAUUACCAAAAAUUCAGAUCUCAGCUGAGCGGCAAGUGCCACGGUUUCCACAGGGCUAUCAUUACCCAGGCCAACACUCCAGUGGGAUCAAAGCUGGUGUAUGACGGGGAAAAGAAGAGGACGCUCCAGGUGACCCCGGAGAUUUUCAGGACCUUUGCGAGGGAGCAUCCUUUCUCAAAUAAAACAUGGGACACGUGCGCUGUUGUUGGGAACGGAGGGAUCCUGACCAACAGCAGCUGUGGGCGGAUGAUCGAUUCAGCUCAGUUUGUUAUCAGGUGCAACCUACCUCCUUUGGAGAACGGAUAUGAGAAACAUGUGGGCGUCAAGACUGACCUUGUGACAGCGAACCCAAGCAUCCUCAUGGAGAAGUAUGGGGCUCUAAUGGGGCGUCGGCGUCCCUUUGUGGAGAACCUGCGUAGCUAUGGCAACUCCCUGCUGCUCCUUCCCGCCUUCUCCUUCGGCCACAACACUCCUGUUUCCCUGCGGGCCGUCUACACCAUUGAGGACUUUGAAAGCCCCACCCGGCCUGUCUUCUUCAACCCCGAGUACCUCCAGAGUCUGGCAGUCUUCUGGCGCUCCCAGGGCCUGAGAGCAGUGCGGCUGAGCACCGGCAUAAUCAUGGCUAGCCUGGCGCUAGAGCUCUGUGCCAACGUGCAUCUGUAUGGGUUCUGGCCCUUCAGUAAUCACCCAAAUGGCCUCCAUCCCUUGACUAACCACUACUACGACGACAGACAAACUAAAACGAAAUUCCAUGCCAUGCCGGCUGAGUUUGACCUCUUGUUGCGGCUGCACAGUCAGGGGGUGCUCAGGCUUCACCUGGGAGAUUGUCGUCCAGGCGAAAAGUAGUUCCCAGAUCCAGGGACAACUGAGCGCACAGGAGCAAAGUGCCUUCUGAGUAGCUAUUUUGGACAGUGACAUGGAUUAACGGUGUCCAAGCGUAGUGGACACAAAUCAGCAGCCAAGACGUUUGCACUGAAAUCAAAAUGCAACAAUCAUACGACUGUAAACCUUCUGUAAACAACCUUGUAGUGUAUGCACAACUGUAUUUAUUAACACCAAUGUUCCAGCUGGAGUCUGGAGGGGAAUUAUUUUAACUGGGAAGCCUUUGUGAGGGUCAACAUUGUAGUUCCUUAUGCUAAUCAGUUAUUAAUGACCGUUAUAUAACUGACCGCAGGAGCUUUUAGAUCAUAGUGAAUGUAUUUUGAAGAAAAUCAAAUACCUCCUUUACAUGAAGAUUGUCGGGCAAAAAAAAAAAAAAACACACCAGCACACUGAAUGUAAGCACUUUUUGGACAUUUUUGUUAAAAAGCAAGUCACACAUUUGACCACUUUGAAAAAAAACCUAAAAAAAAAACAGAAACGUUCUGGUAACCAUGGUAACUGGGGGGAAAUGAGUGUUACCCAUACACUUAAAUGACACAAAUGUUAUGAAAGGCUGGUGCAGGCUGUGGAAGAUGUUUCCUGUAUUUACUCUGCAUCACUGACACUGCUGCGUGUGAUACGUGAGGUACGACGUCAUGUCCCUGUGGCCUCAACCACAAGCCACAGGGGACCCUCAGUGAGGCUUGGACUAAAGACACCACAGAGGGAAGCAGGAAGUAGAACUCUAUUAAACAUGAGGGUGCUAUGAUGA